AUGGAGAAAAACUCUUCCAAUGAGACUUCUCUCGCCAUGAACAGUAACUUUUCACCCAACCAAGACACAGUGUGUGUCUUUGGAACGGGAGACUUUGGAAGGUCAAUUGGCUACAGGAUGUUCCAGUGUGGCUACUCUGUGGUCUUUGGCAGCCGAAACCCUGAGAUGUCCAGUCUGCUCUCCAAAGGAAUGACCGUCUUGAGCUAUGCAGAAGCUGCCCAGAAGUCCGAUGUGAUCAUCAUAGCGAUCCACAGAGAACAUUAUGAGUUCCUUAAACAAUUAGCUGAGGAACUACAAGGAAAAAUAUUGGUGGACGUCAGCAACAACCUUAAAAUUAAUCAGUAUCCCGAAUCCAAUGCAGCGUAUCUCGCUCAAAUAGUGCCGAGUGCCACAAUUGUGAAAGCAUUUAACACAGUCUCAGCCUGGGCUCUCCAGUCGGGCGCCCUGGAUGCAAGCAGGCAGGUAUUUGUCUGUGGAGAUGAAAAAGAAUCUAAGCAGAGGGUGAUGGAUAUUGGCCGUAAGCUUGGGCUUAUUCCAGUGGAUCAAGGAACUCUCCUGGCAGCCAGGGAGAUUGAAAACUACCCCCUGCAGCUCUUUCCAAUGUGGAAAUUUCCUCUAUACCUCUCCGCUGCCUUAUGUAUUUUCUAUUUUGUUUACUGUGUGAUAAGAGAGAUCAUCUACCCCUAUGUUAAUGAAAAGAAAGACUUUUCAUUGUUCUUGGCCAUUUCUAUUCCAAAUCGUAUCUUCCCAGGGAUGGCUCUCAAUCUUCUUGCCCUGGUUUACCUCCCUGGGAUCUUAGCUGCCAUUUUGCAAUUGUACCGAGGUACCAAAUAUAGCCGUUUCCCAAAAUGGCUUGACCACUGGAUGCUUUGCAGAAAACAACUUGGACUUGUGGCACUGGCCUUCGCCUUCCUCCAUGUCCUGUACACACUGGUUUUACCCAUCCGCCAAUACGUGAGAUGGAAGUGGAACGGCAGAGUCAUUAAUCAGAUAAAAACCAACAAUACUGAACCUCUUAACACAACCUCUGCCUGGCUCAGUGACUCUUACCUAGCCCUUGGCAUCUUGGGAUUUUUCUUAUUUGUCCUUUUGGGGAUCACUUCCUUGCCAUCAGUCAGCAACACGGUCACCUGGAGGGAGUUUCGAUUUGUCCAGUCCAAACUCGGUUACUUGACAUUGGUCCUGUGUACAGCACAUACCCUCGUUUAUGGUGGAAACAGAUUUCUCAGCCCUUCAAUUCUCAGGUGGUAUCUCCCUUCUGUCUAUGUACUAAGUCUCAUCAUCCCUUGUACGGUGCUGGUCCUGAAGUUCAUCCUGAUAAUGCCGUGCUUUGAUCGGCCACUUACAGGGAUCCGGCAAGGCUGGGAAAGAAACUCCAAAGUCUCCUCAAAAGCCCAUUUAGAAAAUGGCAAAACUGAGGUGUGA